CAAGGGGUGUUAGACAGGAACGAGUUAAGGAAGGUCUCUUUGGUUUGAGCUGGUCUAAUAAAAUUUCCUGAAUUUAAGCUCUCUUGUAUCCUGCUAAUUUCCAGGGCUUCCGAAAAGGGAUGGAGGCAGGCUUCACCCCGCUAGGGCUGUAAUGCUGCUUCGUGGCUUAGCCAGAGAUUUAAGGCUGCGCCAUGCUUGCGUGAGUCGAGUCUUAGGAGCCUGCAGCCUUCGGGCAGGAGGCGAGGGGGCUGAGGCUUGCCCGGACAGGGAUGCAGUCACUGGUUGAGCACAAGGCAGAGUCUGGCCCUGCUUUGCUGAGAGGCUUCUCCGUUAGCAAUUUGCAAAUCUUGAGGGGAAACUGAGGGGGGAAAAAACAUCUGCAUGGAGAAUUCUGCCUUCCCUUUUUUUGCUCAUCCAAGUGAUCAAAUGCAGGUCCCUGGUGGGCUGGAACUCACUCCCCUGGCAGCUUAGCUGUGGCUGAUGGUUCUCAGAUGUUUGUGGAGGUGAUGUUAAAGUCUUAAGUAUGACCGAUCCAUUCAUCCUUGUGCUGAAUCUCUCCCUGCCUCCUCUUCUUGCAACUGAGCAGUCUCUCACCCUCCUAAGAGCAGAUGGACAAGCAGGAGAACUUGCACAAGGUGCUAUCGCUGAUGUGGAGCUGUCAAAGACUCUCUCAGCCAACUUCAGCCAGCCUCCAGAUCUCUCAUUUCAAGGAAGAUCAGAAAUGUGACCUGCAGAGGGAGGUAGGAGAGACCUCGGGGCAUGGCAGUGGUGAGAAUUGCCCUGGCCAAAGGACGGGAGCUGGCCAUGGCCCCAUCACCUCUUAGUCCAAGCAAACUGCUGACAGCAUUCCCCUGUCGGUGCGUGUGGGGAAGGGGUUGGGUUGUCAUACAUUGUCACGUAGGUAACCUCCCUGACCUUCAGACCAGUUUCCCUGUGGCACUGAUCUCUGUCUUCCAUGUGGGCUUGAGAAACACCCGGGGGCAGGGGUUUCCCUGAAAACCAUCUGUCUUCUCCGUGCUCCUGGUGGGUCUAGGGAACUGCAGGUGACUGCUUGCAGCCUUGGCACUACGCAGCUUUUCUUGGGGCUCCUGAAUUUCUGAUUAAAAGUUUCACGGCUUCCUCUCAUGGCUUAUCUGUUCUCCAGAAGCCUUUGCAGGUGAGUCAGCAUGGUUAUGGGAGCGUGGUCCUCCUGUAGCCACACUGUACUGGCAAACAGUAUUUACUCAGUACCUGUGUUUUUUAAUGUUGCAAAGGGUGUGGAUCUUGGUGCUGCCUCUCCUCCCAGCCCUGCCAUGGAGGAUUUCUUGAUAAACCCGGAGAAACUGGGUUCUUGCUUUGUGGUUUUUGGCAAAAGUGGAGGCGCUGCUGGCUGUGGUCGGCUCUUGGCGAUGCCGGCGCAGUCCUGCUUGUCACGAGAAGUUGCGCAAAUGUGGCUGAUCAAAAGGAGAGAAACAUCUGGGGGCUGUUAGGAAGAAGAAACAGGCUUGUGCCUUGUAGCAAAGGCAGGUUAGUGAGCUCAGGCUCUGGAAGUGCUGCUUAAAAGGAAGGGUGAGCAAAGUGGAGACAGUAUUUGGUUGUGUAACGGGCUCAGCCCAUGCUUCAUGUGCGUGUUUUUGAACUCCGCGUGCGGCACUAAUACUGUGGCCUGCUGCUGCUUGACCUCCCAGCUGCAAUACACUUCUCAAUGCAGCACUUGGUGUGUUUUUGGGAUCUCCCACUUGCAGAGACACCCAUGACCUUGGGCUCCAGAGCGGGAGCAACUCAAGCUCUUGGCUUUCUGUUUACCAGCUUUUUGGGAAGGAGGCGAGUGUGUUUUGGCUCCAGCUGCCAUCAAAGCAACCCCCCUGCCGCAGCUCUGAGCCUGCCCAUAAAACCUGCGGAGGACAGGCUGGCUGCCGGUGGUGAUCUUGUGCUGCAAGCCCUCCUGCACUCGGGAUUUAUGCUGAAAUUAAUGCCUGUAUGCAGAUAAGCUCAUCAACUUAGUGUUGCCUUGCUGGGCUCCUUUGGGAUAAUGAGUUGGCUUUGUUAGCUCUCUUCCAUGGCACAGCCAUGUGCCCCAGCAGGGCGGUGGGAGGGGAGCUGUGGGGGAUGUCCUGGCACAUUGAGGAGCCUGCAGCAGGGGAGAAAUGUUGCUCUGCUGGCUUGGUGGCUCUCCCAGCCUCACAUCUUGGCAGCAGGGAGCUUGAGGAUCAAAGGAUCCUGGGAGGCUGUUGGCUCAGACUGUUGAUGAAGCAGGCUGGAGCACGUAGGGGCAACUGGCGGGUUGUGGGGUGCUGUCACCAAUUGUCAAGGGCUCCGGGAGGGAUGUGUGGGGUGUAGACCUGGUGGCACCUGUGAGCCAGCAGUGUGGGUGCUGGCUUGCCAAACUGCUCUGCUCCAGAGCAUGCAGAGGGGCUGUGAGUGCUGCCCUGGGUUGGGACCCCUUGGAGGAGUGGCUAGGUAUUGCUUCAUGGCUCGUCAAUGCCCUUUCUGUGUCCCUGGAGGUGGAAGGAUGGGAGCUGGCAUGCUGGCAGGGGGUGAGCUCUUGCCUCCAUCCCCUGUGCGCGGGAGCUCAUCUUCCUGCCUGCCUGCCAGCCUCAUGACCAGUGCCAUUAGGAAGUGGGAUUGCCCUGCUCCCCGCCCAGGCAUUGUGUCUGCCAGCACUGCUGCUUUCUGGAGAGGAACCCACAGCACAACCCACGCCACAGUCUUUGAUGUCCCCAGGGUGAAGGCUUUGCAGGCAAUGACCCUCGUGAUGGGACCUUGUGAUGCGCCAUGUCCAAUGUCUCCUGCUGCGUGGUGGUGGCUCAGGGCCACACAUGGCUUUGGCUCUGUGCCGGCUGGCAGGCCCAGGCUUCCCCUGCGGUCAGUGGCUUCUGCUCGUCCUGGUUCUACUUUCCUGUCACUCUUCCUGCAGCAAGGAAGGCUGCAGCUCCUGACAUUCUUCCCUUCUCCCUUCCCUGUCCCUCACCUGCACCGCGGAACAGGGUACAGCCCCAGAAAUCUUUCCCAGGGAAAAAGCGAGAGGGCAGAUGGCAUCCGCUGGUCCCCAGCAAAGGUCAAGCCCUCUCACAGGGCAGUGUUUAAUGCACACGCUUUUUCUUUUCUCUUCCCCGCUAGCGCCCCGGGAUGCCACCCGGCAGCCGGAUGCCCAUGGCAGGGCUGCAGGUGGGACCACCUGGAGCUCCCCCCUACGGAGCAGCCUCCCCGAUGAGACCCGGCCUGCCGCAGUCGAUGAUGGACCCCUUCAGGAAGCGCCUGCUGACCCCCCAGGCACAGCCGCCACUGGCCACCCAGAGGAGAGGGGUGAAAAGGAGGAAGAUGGCUGACAAGGUCCUGCCGCAGAGGAUCCGGGAACUGGUCCCAGAAUCCCAGGCCUACAUGGACCUCCUCGCCUUUGAGCGCAAGCUGGACCAAACCAUUGCUCGGAAGAGGAUGGAGAUUCAGGAAGCCAUUAAGAAACCACUGACGCAAAAGCGGAAGCUGAGGAUUUACAUCUCCAACACUUUCACCCCAGCCAAAGAAGAAGGGGAGGGUGGUGAGCGCGUGGCCUCCUGGGAGCUACGAGUGGAGGGCAAACUGCUGGAGGACCCGAGCAAGCAGAAGAGGAAGUUCUCCUCCUUUUUCAAGAGCCUCGUCAUCGAGCUGGACAAAGAGCUGUACGGGCCAGACAACCAUCUGGUGGAGUGGCACCGGCUGCCCACAACCCAGGAGACCGAUGGCUUCCAAGUGAAGCGGCCUGGUGAUGUUAAUGUGAAAUGCACUCUGCUGCUCAUGCUGGAUCACCAGCCACCACAGUACAAACUGGACCCUCGCCUGGCUCGCCUACUCGGGGUGCACACCCAGACCCGUGCCAGCAUCAUGCAGGCGCUCUGGCUCUACAUCAAGCACAACAAGCUGCAGGACAGUCAUGAGAAGGAGUACAUCAACUGCAACCGCUACUUCCGCCAGAUCUUUAACUGCGUCCGCAUGCGCUUCUCUGAGAUCCCCAUGAAGCUGGCGGGGCUCCUGCAGCACCCAGAUCCCAUCAUCAUCAACCACACCAUCAGCGUGGACCCCAAUGACCAGAAGAAGACGGCCUGCUAUGACAUCGAUGUGGAGGUAGACGAUCCCCUGAAAGCUCAGAUGAGCAACUUCCUGGCUUCCACCACCAACCAGCAGGAGAUCGCCUCCCUGGAUGCCAAGAUUCAUGAGACCAUUGAAUCCAUCAACCAGCUGAAGACACAGCGUGAUUUCAUGCUGAGUUUCAGCAACAACCCACAGGAUUUCAUCCAGGAAUGGAUCAAAUCCCAGAGGAGGGACCUCAAGAUCAUAACAGAUGUGAUCGGGAACCCCGAGGAGGAGCGGCGAGCAGAGUUCUACCAGCAGCCCUGGGCACAGGAGGCUGUGGGCAGACACAUCUUCGCCAAGGUCCAGCAGCGUCGGCAGGAACUGGAACAAGUGCUCGGGAUCCGCCUCACCUAAGGGGCUGGCGGGGGCUCGGGAGCUCCUUCUCCUCUCCCUGCUGCCUGAGCCUGAUGGUACUUCUUACUGGAAUCAAAUACAGCACUUGCACAAACCCUACGUGCCUGGAGGGAUUCGGAGCCACUCGCACCCCUGGGCUCCCCUCGGCCGGGAAGCUCUAGCCACAGGCAGAGCACAGCGGAGGGUCCCCCGGUUCCCCCCAAAGUCCCGCUGCAGCCCUUCUGCUGCAUUAACGCAUCCUGCUUUUGCAUUGUGCCGUUUGCCUCUUCCCCGUAGCACUGACCGCAGCCCUCCUGCUCGCUCCCCUCCUCUGGCCAAAAGCCCUCCUGGAGUUGCUGCCCAGCAGGGAAAAGCUGCCUGUGCCGCCCAGGAGCCGCUGCCUGCCCUGCCAGCCCUCCCUGAGCCCAGCCGCUGCGAAGGCAGGCCCGGCCCUGCCCCUCUUCAACCAAAGUUUUGUCAUUCCAAAUGCCAGCCCCCCCCUGCUGGUGCCCGACGUUUUGCACUAUUUUUGUGAACAGGUUUUAUAAAAAAAAAAAGGAAGCGUUUUGUACAGUGGGUUUGUAUUUGAUUAAUAUAUUGAGUUCCUCUUACUGCACUCAUUGCCUCAAUCUAUGCAGUGGUUCGUGGUGUUCUCAGAGGGCUGGCUUGGCCCAAGCUGUUCUUUUUAUACGUAACCAAGUUUUUUAGCAUUAAGUUUUUGACAAUCAGUUGAUUACUCCACCCCCCCUGCUGUUUUACAUAAUUAGCAACACAUCUUGUGAGCGAUAUGAGGUGUCAGGGGGGGCAGAGGGGGUAGCUCUGCCCCCAGCAGCCUGUGGGUAGCGGGGUCACUGGGCUCUGAGCACACCCCACCAGUCAGUGGGGCACCAAGAGAACUGGAGAUGCUGGGGAGGGAGGGGACCACAGCACUGGGGCUGAAGGGACGGUGCCACCACCCACCAGACCCGCUGAAGUGCCUUAACCCCGCUGGCCCCUUGCCCGCA